ACCUUAACAUAAAUGCUGGUUAUGUCCUUUAGUAUCUCUUGUUUUCGAGUCAUUUGCAUAUAACUAUAUUCUCUUGGAAAUAACUCGGUUUGUUCCGAAAUAUGUUUUAAGUCUCUCAAUAUCAACUUGGGUUUCCCCAAACACUUCAAAGAAACUAAAGAAUGGCUACAUCAUUGCCUACUGAUGUUUCUACCACCGCAACUGAACAUGUCUUUCAUGCUGAAAGACACGUUCAGUUGCAGCUUAGCUCUGAUGAGCGUCAGCGAAUCACUGAACGGACCAAAUGGGUCCUAGAUUCACCUGACCCUCCUGGCUUUCGCCAAGAGAUUCUAGGGUCUAUCAAAAGCGCCGUUUUUUGUCAGAAAAACAAGAAACUCAGCUCGUCGCAACCUCCAUUGGCUUGCGUUGUGGCGUUUUUGCGUUCUGUGUUCCCGAUACUUAGCUGGGCCAAGGACUACAAAGUUUCCAUGUUCAAGAGUGACUUGCUUUCAGGUCUAACCCUUGCUAGCUUAUGCAUACCCCAGAGUAUUGGGUAUGCUGCUUUAGCCCAACUUAAACCACAAUAUGGCUUAUACACUAGUGUUGUACCACCUUUGAUAUAUACAACUAUGGGGACUUCACGAGAGUUAGCCAUUGGUCCGGUGGCUGUGGUUUCGCUUCUAAUAUCCGCCAUGGUCUCAAAAGUAAUAAAUCCAGUGGUUGAUCCUGUGUCCUACACUAAGCUUGUGUUCACUGUCACCUUCAUUACCGGUGCAUUCCAAGCUCUUUUCGGCUUGUUUAGGUUGGGUUUUCUUGUCGAUUUUCUGUCGCAAGCAGCAAUCGUAGGAUUCAUGGCUGGUGCAGCCAUUGUUAUAGGUCUUCAACAGCUAAAAGGCUUGCUUGCCAUAAGUCAUUUCACCACAAAAACUGAUGUUGUUUCAGUGCUGAUUGCUGUGAUUAAAUCAUUCAAGACUUCAUGGUACCCUCAGAAUUUUAUCCUUGGAUGUUCAUUUCUCAUCUUUAUCUUGAUCACAAGAUUUAUUGGAAAAAGGAACAGAAAGUUAUUUUGGUUACCGGCUAUAGCUCCUCUAGUGUCCGUCAUUCUCUCCACCGCGAUUGUUUACCUAACAAGAGCCGAUGAGCACGGAGUUAAAAUAAUUAAACAUGUCCAAGGAGGACUAAAUCCAAGUUCAGUUAGUCAGCUGCAGUUUAACAGUCCACAUCUCAGAGAAGCAGUCAAAAUCGGGCUUGUUUGUGCCAUCAUAGCUCUAACGGUUUGUCUAGCUAAAAGUUAUAAAAACGUUACCAAUUAUAGAACAAAAAAAAGAUUAGUUCUUAAUGACAAUGCAUUUAUACAGGAAGCUGUGGCAGUUGGUCGGUCUUUUGCUACGAUUAAAGGAUAUAAUAUGGACGGGAAUAAAGAAAUGAUCGCUAUGGGGUUCAUGAACAUAGCUGGAUCUAUGUCUUCAUGCUAUGUUGCAACCGGUUCAUUUUCACGGACUGCUGUGAACUUUUACGCUGGUUGUCAAACUGCGGUGUCUAAUGUAGUCAUGGCUAUCACGGUGCUUAUAAUGCUACAACUAUUCACGGGGCUUUUAUACUACACUCCAGUUGCUAUACUAUCCUCCAUAAUUUUAUCUGCCCUUCCUGGUUUGAUCAACUAUAGUGAAGCUUAUAAUAUUUGGAAAGUCGACAAAUUGGACUUUUUGGCUUGUGCCGGAGCCUUCUUUGGUGUGUUAUUUGCUUCGGUAGAGAUGGGUCUUAUGGUCGCGGUUGCAGUUUCCUUUGCUAAGAUAAUCCUUAACGCUCUAAGACCCCGUGUGGAAGAACUAGGGAGGCUUCCCGGAACAGAUAUCUUCUGCGAAGUUGAUCAGUAUCCUGUUGCUCAUGCGGUUCCUGGUGUUCUAAUAAUCCGACUUAACUCAGGGUUGUUGUGCUUUACAAAUGCAAAUCCACUUAGAGAUAGGAUAUUGAAAUGGGUAGCGGAAGAGAAUGAAAAAGAAGCUAUAAAAAGACCUGUCAAUGGAAUAAUCCUCGACAUGUCUAGUGUGACGAACAUUGAUUAUGCCGGAAUUCUAGCACUUGAAGAAACUAACAAGAAAUUGCUUUCUGGAGGCAUCAAACUAGCUAUUGCGAGCCCAAGAUGGCAAGUGAUUCACAAACUGAAAGUCGCAAAGUUUGUUGAUAAAGUUGGAAGAGACUGCAUCUUCCUCACUGUUUGUGAAGCUGUUGAUUCCUUUGUUGGCUCCAAGUUCAACGGUCCUGGAAAUUGUUGAUCAUAUCUACGCAUAUAUCCAUAUGACUUCUAACGAAGGAGGCUGAUCCCUAAACUCUUCCGCUUAGAAGCCCAACUCAUAUAUAGUAUGUACGGACCACUUCCCAUUUUGUAUUUUGUAUGAUAUAUAUAUGCUAGUUUGUUUUGUUUUUGCUUGAUUGUGCGAGUGAAUAAAUAAGAUCACGGCAAAAUGGGUAUCUUAAAACACCUCUCCAACCAGGUGCAUUGUAUUUUCCUUUCAAAGUUUAAACAUAUUGAUAACUAUGAAAAUGUAACGAUGGUUUUUCACAUUA